AUGCCGGGGGUCCCGCUGCCCUUCGUCCUCCUCCUCCUCCUCCUCACCCCGGGGGGGUCGGCGCAGGCCUUCCCGCGGGACCUGGCCCCGCGCAGCACCGUGGGGUUGGCAGCCACCGCCGCCUACCCCCGCUUCGGCGGCCUCGGGGGCCCCAACGCCACCGCCCAGCUCGGCCUCGACUUCCAGCACAUGCUGCGCCUCAACGGCAGCCUGCUCGUCGCCGCCCGGGACCACAUCUACGCCUUCGACCUGGGGCAGGACGAGGGGACGCUGUACCCCCAGCGGCACCUCACCUGGGAGACGCGGGACAGGGAGAACUGCGCCAUGCGGGGCCGGCUGCAGGACGAGUGCCACAACUACAUCAGGGUGCUGGUGCCCCGCGACGCCGGCACCCUCCUGGCCUGCGGCACCAACGGCUUCAGCCCCCUCUGCCGCACCUACCAGGUGAGCAGCCUGGCGCAGGAGGGCGAGGAGGUGAGCGGCCAGGCCCGGUGCCCCUUCGACGCCAAGCAGAGCGUCGUUGCCCUCUUCAUCGACGGCAGCCUCUACUCGGCCACGGUGGCCGAUUUCCAGGCGAGUGACGCGGUGAUCUACCGCAGCCUCAGCCCCGGCCGCCCCCCCCUGCGCACCCUCAAGUACAGCUCCCGCUGGCUGCAGGAGCCCCACUUCGUCCAGGCGCUGCCCUACGGCCCCUACGUCUACUUCUUCUUCAGGGAGGUCGCGGUGGAGCUCAGCACCCUGGGCAAGGUGGCGGUGGCGCGGGUGGCGCGGGUGUGCCGCAAUGACCGGGGCGGGUCCCCGCGGGUGCUGGAGCGGCGCUGGACGUCCUUCCUGAAGGUGCGGCUGCAGUGCGCCGUCCCCGGCGACGCUGUCUUCUAUUUCGACGUCCUGGAGGCCGUGACCCCCCCCCGGGCCCUGCACGGGCGCCCCGCUGUCCUCGCCCUCUUCGGCACCCAGCCCAACAGCAUCCCCGGCUCGGCCGUCUGCGCCUUCUACCUGGCUGACGUGGAGCGGGCGUUCGAGGGACCCUUCGCCGAGCCCCGCGGCGCCGCUGGCACCUGGACCCCGGUGCCCGAGGACAGGGUGCCCCGACCCAGGCCGGGCUGCUGCGCCGGGAUGGGACCGGCCGCCGGCGUCGUCACCUCCGGGGACUUCCCCGACGAGACGUUGGCCUUCGCCAAGGAGCACCCGCUGCUGCACGGCGCCGUGGCACCCGCCGGCGGGCGGCCCCUCUUCACCCGCACCGGCACCCGGCUGACACAGCUGGCAGUGGACACGGGUGCGGGGCCGCGGGGGAACCAGACCGUGCUCUUCCUGGGCGCCGAGGACGGGCGGGUGCUGAAGGUCCUGGCGGCCGCGCAGCACCCCGGGGUUACCCGGCACCCCAGCGGCACCCCGGCACCCGGUGCCAGCCGCGAGCCCGGGGACACCGGGGACACUGGGGACACCGGGGACACCGGGGACACCGGCUCCGAGACGCUGCUGCUGGAGGAGAUCAGCCUCUACGACCCCGGGCGGUGCCGAGGUCCCCGGGGUGCCAGCCGGGUGCUGGGGCUGGAGCUGCACCCGCCGGGCCGGGAGCUCUACGUCGCCUUCGCCGGGUGCCUGGUGCGUCUGCCCCUGAGCCGCUGCGCCCGGCACGGUGCCUGCCGCGGGAGCUGCCUGGCCGCCCGGGACCCUUACUGCGUCUGGCUGCCCCCCCGGGGCUGCGUCCCCUUCUCCGAGGACCUUCCGAGCGGCUUCGAGCAGGACGUGGAGGGAUCCUCUGGGAUCACGGGGACCUGCCAAGACGCACCAGCCGCGGGGGACAGGGACUUGGCCCAUGGGGUGGAAGAGGGAUCCCAGAAAGCAAGAGGGGCCCUGGGGAGGGUCAGGGGGGACCCCCAGGGCCCAGGAGGGACCCCGGGGACAGAAGGGGGCCCUGGGGUGGGUCAGGGGGGACCCCCAGGGCCCAGGAGGGACCCCGCGGACAGGAGGGGGCCCUGGGGUGGGGGGACCCCAGGGCCCAGGAGGGACCCUGGGGGGGUCCAGGCCCCCCGCACGGGUGCCGGGCUGACGGGUGCUCCCGCAGGGGUGCGCCAGGCCGGGCUGGGGGCCACGGUGCCGGUGCCGGUGCUGGUGGGCUGCGUGCUGGGCGCCUUCGCCCUGGGCGCCCUGGGUGCCGGGCUGCUGGCAGCCUGCUGCCGCCGCCCUGCCGCCCCCAAGGGACCCCCGGAGCCCCCCGCCGCUCUGCAGCCCCCCGGCCCCCGCCUCUACCCCCCGCUGCCACCCCCGGGAGGGGCCGGGGGCCCGCGGGACCCCCCCGAGCUGCCCACCCCCGAGGCCACCCCGCAGCCACCCAGCAAGACGCCCCGGGAGCGGGCGACGGAGCCCCGGCGCGGCCAGACCCCCCAUCCCAGCACCCCAGGGUGCCCGGAGCCCCCAGGCCCGGGACCCCCACCCAAGGCCGCCCUGGAGGAGCUGCUGCAGCGGGUGCACGGGGCGGGGGGCUCGGGGUGGCCGGUGGCCCCCCCGGGCAGCGGUUCCUUCGCCAGCCUGCUGCGGCCGGGCGCCCCGUUGCCCAGCCUCCCCCCGGCCCCCCGCGACGGGACGCUCCGGCGGCUGGACGUGCCCCCCGACAGCCCCCCCCCCCCGGCGGCCCCUGGCACAGAGACACUCGCUGGGGGGGGCGCCCGCCAGACCGCCCGGCCCGGCCCGGGGGCUCACCCGCAUGCACUCGCUGGGGACCCCGGGGGGGCCGCCCUGGGGGCCCCAGCCGCGUCCCCUCGCCAGCAAGCCCCCCGUGCUGCCCAAGCCCCUCCCCGUGCCAGCAGCCCCCGGGCGGCCCUGAGCCCCCCCCGGCGGGGACACGGGGACGUCCUGGUCCCCAGCACCCAUGGGACCCCCCUGCUGCGGCUGGCGGGGGGGGCCUGAGCCAGCCCCUGCCAGGGUCCCAGCUCUGUGCCAUGAGGGUCCCCGUGUCCCCAGGCUGGCCCCCAUGGGGGGGGGACGGGGGUCCCCGUGUCCCCAGGCUGGCCCCCAUAGGGGGGACAGGGGCCCCCAUGGGGUGACAAGGGUCCCCGUGUCCCCCAGCCAUCCCAUCUCCCUGUCCAGGGUGAUGAGGCUCCCCAUCUCCCAGAGCUUUUUUGUUUCGUUUUGGUUUUUUUUUUUUUUGAUUGUUUCUAAUUUAUUCGCUGCUCUGGGGGUCGUUGGAGCCACAGCCCCCCCCCCCCCCCAGGGACACCAGGCAGGGGACACGGUGGCUCUCUGUGCCACAGCUGGGCUCGUCCUACCGUGUAGGACCAGGGCUCAGCCCCACACCCAUUAAAUCCGUGGUCGCUCCACCACCA